AUGCGAUACGCUUUAUUGUUCGCCGCUUUCCUAGCGGCCGUUGUAGCCGAUGAAAAGCCGGAAUGUGAGCACAUAAAUCCCCUGCGGAAGACGAAGGAAUGGGACGAAUUGGAUCGCAGUAAUUGCAAUGUCACUGAGCACAAACUGAACAACGAACACAAGCAUUACAAGUACUACGAGGAGGGAGUAAAUGCAUACAGUUUCAAUGUUUUGACCAGCGACAAGAUUGGGCCAAAGAGGGAUGUCCCCAAGACUUAUAAUGAGCUGUAAGUGAGGAAUUGUCUGUAGGAUUUCAGUUCAAAGAAAGUAGGCAACGGUUCAGCUCAUGAAAUUUCUUUUUCUGCAAUCACAUGUAACUACAAGUUAAUUUGACAAAGUUGAAAAGCGAUUUAAUCACUUUUAAAAAUGAGCUAUCAAUCCGUCGGGAAAAUAAUGAGCGCUCUGCUGCAUCGAAAAUCGCAUCGCCGCCGAGAAAACAAAUUGUGUCGCGGCAAAGUCAUUUCACUUCAGCGAUGCGAUUUUCCAUGCGACAGAGCGCUCAUUAUUUUCCCGACAGGCUGAUAUGAAAAGCCCUAGGCCAAAGAGAACCGGCCGCGGCCUACUGUAAGCCAAAUUUACUGCUCAACAAUUAAAAUUAGUUCUGGCAAAUCUAUGCUUGGCGCCAGCUAAAGAUGUAAAAGAAAGCAUUUAAGCCAUUUUUUGGCUAGAAUUGUAUUCGAUUGGGGCUCCGAUUUUUUUGCAAAGAUUAGAGAUUGUAAGACAGGAACGAAACAAAAAUCCGGCUUUGAAAAAGUUGUGGUCUGUCAUAAAUGAUGACUAUAAUUUUCCUACAAAAAACAAACUUUUUUUUGAUAGAAAUUCAGAGAGCUGCAAGCGAAAAACAUUUUUCAUCUGAUCGAAUCUCCUCAUUUUACGUGCUGUCUCGAAAAUGAACUCGAAAAUUCAAAAAAAAAUAAAAAUAAAAGUCGCACCAAAAUAUUUUUUCGAUUUUAGAAAAUUACUGUGUAUGGUCUGUCGUAUUUUACCCUCUUUUUUCAGCUGCGACAAAAUCGAUUACUCCGAUCUCCACAAAACCGCCUCCAUUAUCAUCAUCUACCACAACGAGGCGUUCUCCGUUCUGGUCCGAAUGAUCAACGGAAUCUUCGAUCGGACUCCAGAGAAAUUACUGCACGAAAUCAUCUUGUACGACGACUAUUCCGAGUCCCAUUUGAGCAUCGAAGAGCCGCUCAAAGAGUACGCCGAGUCCCAUGGCUGGAAAAAGGUUAAAUUCGUGUCGGCCAAGGAGAGACAGGGAUUGAUCCGGGCCAAGACUUUGGCCGCCAGAGAAGCGAGCGGAGAUAUUAUUGUUGUCCUGGAUUCGCAUUGCGAGGUGAAUCACAGAUGGUUGGAGCCGUUGAUCAAGGUCAUCCAGGAGGACAGGAAGACGUAAGAUUUUUUCCCCUCAAAUUUUAAUACAUAGAACUUACAGGGGAAGUACUCUAAGUGCGACGCUCAGAUUUUCUUUAAAUUUUGCACACACGUCGGGAAUAGACUAAAUAUCAAUUCCUGAAAGUUUUAGCUCGCGCUUUGCAGGCGCCGCCGAGAUAUCGGACGAUUUAUGCCGCCGAGAGAGCACGCUAAUCGUGGAGAGCGGUCAGAGAGAAAAACGCUUUUUGGCAAUAACUUUGGCAGUUUUAUGCGGAAAAAAUUUAUUUUUUUGUAGAAACAUUAUCCUUUACGGUUGAAAUAGGCGUGAAACUUUUUGUGCCGAAAUUCGGCAAAAAGUCCUAAAUUUUGGCCGACUUUCGAUCUAAAAAUCUCGGUUGUUUCUGCAAAGCGCGAGCUAGGAUUUUCGCAUAUACCUUAGAUAAACUUAUUCUAAAUUUGUGCCAAGUUUCAUCAAAAUCUGAGCGUCGCACUUGGAGUACUUCCUCUGUUAGCCCAAAAUAAGAAUGUUAAUUUUUCCAAAAAUUUGCAAGAUUUUUUACACGCAAUUUAAAAAUCCCCGGAUUUUUUUGACUAAAAUUUUGAAAAAAUCCGCAACUUUUUUUCCGAUUUUAAUCUUCAAAAGAUCAGCGUCUGUUUCAACUGAGGAGUACACUAUUUCCUCAAAAAAUCAACUUUUUCCCACAGAAAUUCAAACAGUUAUAAGCAAAAGAAGUUUCUUUGUCUGGCCGACUCUCCUCAUUUUACGUACUCUCUCGAAAAAUUUUUAAAUUACAGUAGCAAAAAAAGAUUUUAAAAAUGAGUCAAGGGCAGAAAAGGAGGCAGAAAUUGAGAAUAAAACUUUUUAAGGCGUUUUUAAGGCACUUUGCCAAUUUGCAGCCAACUCUCCUCAUUUCCCAUGCACGGCAUUCUGUACUUUUGGGACACAACCGGUCUUGGCCAUGGUCUUUCGCAAAGAAAAUUGUGAAUAUCUUUUUUCUGCUUGCAAAGAAAGUGCUGAAAUUUUGAAGAGUUUAAUUAUGGUCUAUCUAAAACAUAUUUACUAAACUUCCAGAAAAUUUGAGAGUAAAAAUUUUGGGACUCAAUGUUUGGUCAUGGAUAAUAUAAUUUAUAAUGUCAAGGGCUUAUUUCUUGCCCAAAAUUAAAAUUAUAACAUAGGAAAUAUAUUUUUAGUACCUUUUUUAUAAUUCUAGACCACUUUUUUCCUCAAAUUCCCUAAAAAAAUACAAGAAAACACCAAAAACCCAAAAAAAUCAUCAUUUUUCCAGUGUUGUCGCCCCAAUUGUCGACCUCAUCAACCCUCAAAACUUUGCCUACGAGCAGAGCAUGGUAGCGAAAGGAGGGUUCGAUUGGGCGUUGAACUUCAAAUGGGAAUACUUUGACUGGUCCUACUUCGACACCGAGGAACACAACGUGAAGCCGUUCGAUUCGCCCGCCCUCUCCGGCGGAUUGAUGGCCGUGGACCGGGAAUUCUUCAAGGAAUUGGGAGAAUUCGACAUGGGAAUGGAGAUCUGGGGCGGAGAGAACAUUGAGAUCUCGAUUAGAGUGAGUUAUCAGAGGUUUUUGGAGCGAUGUCGGGGUUUGAAAAUGGCUAAAAUAUCAUAGAUUUUUAGUUGAAAUUUUAGUAAAGAUAGUAUGGCAAUGAAGUAUAGGGACAGAAGAAUAAGUAUCAGGCCUUGAGACAAAGGAAUCAGUCCAUAAAAGUCGAUUUCCAAAGAUAUUUUUGAGAUUUUAGCCAAAAACAAGGUCUUUUUCAUCAAAAUUCGCUAAAAAAUGUCAUAAUUCUUGAUUUUUUCCCAUUUUAUCUACAGUAGAUUGACUAUAACGCCCUAGAAAGUGAUUAAAAUCCAAAUCGAUCCUUAUUUCGCCCCCUUUCCCUCUAAAAUUUCCCAAUUUUCAGGCCUGGCUUUGCGGUGGAAAGGUAAAAAUCGCCCCGUGCAGUCGAGUCGGCCACGUCUUCCGUAUGCGUCGCCCAUACAAAACCAAGCCUGGAGUCGACACGAAUGCCCUGAACACCCUGCGAAUCGCCAAAGUUUGGCUGGGAGACCACGAAAAAGACUAUUUCAAGGCCAGAAGAAGCGCCGCUCGACUGGACGCCGGAGAUUUGAGUGAACGCCUGGCCCUCAAGGAGAAGUUGGAGUGCAAACCGUUCAGCUGGUUCGUCGAGAACGUCUACCCCGCGUUGAAGCCUAAACACGAUGAACUUUAG